AUGUCUAAACGAGGCAGGAGCAAGUCCAUUGUGACACAGAUUGCUUCCGAUGUUCCUACACAGCAUGGGGUCUCUGAAGUUCAUUUGAAUUUGGGGAAACUGACCCCACCACCACCACCACCUCUUUUAUCGAAAUCAUCUAAUGAAAAUAAUGGUAGUGGUCGAGAGAUUCUUAACGACUCCGGUGAAUCACUUUCAAGCAGCAAAACUCGAGGAAGACCGACUAGAAGCAAAUCACUAACAGAUUUGGACGACAUUCACGAUAAGAAAGACAAUAAUAAUAAUAUUAAUAAUAGUAGAAAUAAAAAAAAAGUGUUUGAUCAAUUGUUCCCUUUCACUAAUGAUGAAGUUGAAUUAUAUUGGCUGAAACAAGUCAAUGCCUUGAACCUACCAUCUAUCAUCCCUUUUGAACAGCAACAACGAUUGGAAUCGUUAUUGAAUCAAAAACUACAAUUAUUCAAGAACACGCUAUCAACAAACGUCAAUAGUUAUGAACAACUUUUGGGUGAAACCAAUUCAGUUUUGGUUCAAUUGGACGAUCUUAUCAAUAAAUAUUCCAAAAUCUCCAAGGAGACCCUUGACUUUGAAAGAUUACUGUCCGGGUACUUGAAUACUAAAAUCAAGUUUGAUACAAAACACCAUGAGAUCGCUGGAUAUUUGAAACACUUUGAAACAUUGGAUCCCAUAACAAGACAUUUAUCCAAAGCAGGAUCUAGUAAGAGUUUAGUUAGACUGAAGAGAUUUAAAGAGAUCUUGGUGGAACUAGAUGAGUCAUUGGCAUUCAUUAAAGAAAACCCAGAAAUGAAAGAUCAUGAUUUCUAUAACAUGAAGUUUAGGCAAUGUAUGACUAGAGCUCUUUCCUUAGUCAAAGAUUAUUUGACAUAUCUGUUAAAGCAGUUACUUGAAGGUAUUAACAUUCAAUUGAAAGCAAAAAAAAUCGCCAUAGAAUUGGUUUAUGUCAAUGAAUAUGUUAAUUUCAUUGAAAAGUUUGAUUUCCAAUCCUUAAUUAAAGAAAUCUCCACUAGAAUUGGAACCCAUGACGAAUAUUUGGGCUUAUUGAAUGAAGUUUUAAAUUGUUAUUUUGACGGGAGAUUGCUGUUAGUUUCACUUUAUGUUGAUGCAAAGAACACGAUAACGAAUGAUAAAAACGACAUUGUUCAAUUCACUCAACAUCAAAUCAACUUUUACAAGCAAAUUAUUCAAAAGGAAUAUUCAUUAUUCUAUAGAUUCUUUCCUACUAAUGACGAUCAACUUGCACUUAGAUUACAAGAUUACCUCAAGAGAAUUCUAGAAUCUUUGCAUGAUAAAGUUCGACCUUAUUUGCUUAGGGAGACAAACAUCACCAAAUUAUGUGCAUUGGAUACUUUGUUACAAAAGUAUUAUGAAUUUGAAGAAGCAGACUCUUCAACUGUUGUGAGCUUAAAUGUUUCUGAUGGACUGCUUAGUUAUGGUAUUUUAUUCCAACCUAUUUUAAAUGAUUGUCAAACAAGACUUAUUUUCAGAAUUCAAAAUUAUGUUGAUAACAAGUUGAUGAAAUAUAAUCCUUCGACCCGAGAUAUUCGAUUAUUGGCUGCUGAUAACCAAACUCUUGUAACCAGAAGAAAAAGUAGUGUUAAUGAGUCAACUACUACUACUGAUAGUUUAGAUGUUGAUUAUGAGGAUAACAUAUUCCCGGAUGUUUAUAUGCCAUUGGCCAAAGCUUUAACGUUACUUUCCAAUAUUUAUGAUUUGAUUAAUUCAGUUGUUUUUGAUGAUUUGGCCCAUUAUAUUGUCCAUGGGUGCAUUUAUUUGCUUAAAAACAAUUUGUACAAAAAGUGUGAGGGGACUUUGGGAACAACAGAUGCCAAUUUGAUUCUUGUUAAGAACAUCUUGAUUUUAAGAAGUCAUAUAUCCAAUUUCGAUAUUCAAUUCACAAGAAAUGAUUAUUCCAUUGACUUCACAACAGGCUUGCACGAUGUCUAUCAAACACUACGGAGCGGAGACUUCAAUUUGAAUAAUAAUGGAAUCAUUGAAUUGGUUAAAAGAUCAGUACCUCGAAUCGUGGAUAAUAUGAUUGAUGCCAAUUAUGAAAUCGAAUUUGAAUUAAGAAAUGCUGUUAAUGAACUUAUUCAAGGUGCAAGCAAUUCGAUAUGUGAGCCACUAAUCCAGGGUAAAGAUAAUUCUGCUCCCAUGGAAGUUUAUACCCAAUUGAAACUUAAAUUAGAUGAAGAAUUACCGCGACUUCAAACUCAAAUCAACCUGUUCAUUGAUGAAGAAGCGGCAUCUCAAUUCUUAAUUCACAACGUUGCCAAUCUUAUCUUCGUUAAUUAUGAAAAGUUCUAUCAAGAGAAGCUUUUAACAGCUGGCACCGAGGGAACGGAAGUCAUGGAUCCUGAUACUUUCUAUGGAUACUUGGCCUCUUCAAUUACUGUGGAAUCUGAAGAGGCUCCACAUUUCAAUGAGGAUAUCCUCAAUGAGGUCCACUAA